AUGUUGAUAUUACAGGGAGGAAGGACACCAUUGAUGUUGGCGGCUUGGUUUGGACACCUGGAGGUGGUGAUGUACCUGGUCACUCACGACAGUCAGUUAGACGCUACAGACAAGUGGGGAAAGACACCAUUAAUGUGGGCGGCUGAGAGAGGACACCUGGAGGUUGUGACUUACCUAGUCACUCACGGCAGUCAGUUAGACGCUACAGACGUGGAUGGACACACAGCUUUACAUUAUGCUGCUCAGUUUGGAGGGAUUGAUAUAACAAAAUGUUUAAUAGAUCAAGGAUGCAGUCCUUGGGUGAAAUCAAAACAGGGUAAGACUCCUUAUGAUAUGGUAAUAAUAUACAGCUUUGAUGAUGAAGAGAGAAAAAGGAAAAAGAAAGAAGUGAUGGACUUCCUUAAGACUGCCAUGUCAAAGACAUCCCCAGAAGUAACUCUUGACACCCAUUUACAGGAACCUGCAGCACCAGUAGUUGAAGACAGCAAAAUACCAGAACAAAUAAAAAAGAUGGAUCAUGAGUCGAUUACCAUUUAUCUGAACGCCCUUGAAUCGGGUUCAGAAAGAAGACGGGAUAUAAAUUUAAUAAUUGUUGGAAAGAAAUCUGUUGGAAAGACUUCCUUAGUACGACGAUUGUUCGGGGAGGAGUUACAAAGCGUAAAAAGCACAAAUGGUAUAGAAAUUCAUCGGCGGAGAUGUCGAAUAAAUCUAAGUAACUGGGAAUGGAAUAAAUUGUUAGAUACAAGAAUUGUGAAAGAAACAAGUAUCAACAAUAGAAUAUUGCAGUCAAUUGUCAAAGAGUUGCAUCAAGAUAAGGAAAAACCAAAGCAUGACAUAUCGGAGAUAUCUUCAUCAGAUCAGAUAUCAACAGAUGAUAAUAAGGCCACAAUCACAAAAAAUAUUGAACAUGACGAAGAACCUCAACCCAAAAUGAACUAUCAGUUUGCUUAUCCGGAGAUUACAGAAUCGCCGUUUUCUAAACUGGCAAAGGAUGAGCUGUUAAGUAUAAUCGGAUCUGCUGUAGACUUACAAGACGAAGACGGCUAUGCAAAUUUAACAGUGUGGGAUUUUGCUGGUGACAUUGAGUAUUACAACACACAUCAAACGUUCUUGAAUUCAGAAGCAAUUUUUCUUGUCGUAGCAAAUUUACAUGACAUAGAUGACACAGUAUCCUACGGCACAUUCAAUUUCUGGAUGGAUACAAUACAUUGUUAUGGAAGCAUAAAUGACAAAACUGAAGCUGUAUUGCUCGAAGGAGCUCAAAACCUUCUAGAUCCACCAGUUAUUGCAAUUGGUACACACAAGGACAAAUUUCAGGUAUUUAUAUCAAAGUAACAAUGGAGUAGACAUGUUAAUUUAGUCUCUGUUUAUAAAAACUUGACGACUGAAUUUGCGCCUUUGAAAAUAUUUAGGUAAUGUUAAUUUGUGUUCGUAUAAAAACGGUAUUCUAGUUAAGUUUAGACUAUGAACAUUGGAUAUAAUUCACCAAUGUAUCGGAUCAAAAAGAUACAAUGAGAUCAAGUGUGCCACGACGUCUUACACAUUUAACUGUUUGUUUUUGAAUAACUGAUUCAAUGUUACGUUAGAGCUCAGUUUAAAUAGAAACUAGGGAA